UCUUUGUUUGCACCGCCUUCUACUACACUUCCUGGUUUUUUCAGGUGGAUGUCACAGCGGCUGCCAAACGGUCUGUCAAACAAGUCUAAAGUUGGAGGACGGGAGAGGAGGAUGAAUUCAGUGAUGAGAAUACGGCAGCUGGAAGAAACGCGCGGUGUGUGUGGAGCCUGUAUUGCAGAAUGAUGACCGGACGUUGUAUUUUUGGCGGAUAUCAGGCAGCAGCGGCGGCAGCGGGGAGGCUGCUGUGAGGCGGAGGAGCGGGCUAAGUGUCCCUCUAGCUGCUGCUAGCCAGUUAGCGAGCGAGUUAGCAUUAAGCGGUCUGCUACUGUUAGCAUCGAGUGUCUGCUUUGAAACGUUGGCCAGCUCCCCCCGAGUUUGACUGCAGGCCAGAAGAUCCAGAAGAGUCUGGCUCUCCUGAAGAGGAUAUCAUGGACUACAAGGACAAAGUACAGAUGAGGCAUAACCCUCGCAGACAGCUGAAGAAGCUGAGCGAGGACAGUCUCACCAAGCAGCCAGAGGAAGUCUUUGAUGUCUUGGAGAAGCUGGGUGAAGGGUCUUACGGCUGCGUAUUUAAGGCUCAUUAUAAAGAAACUGGGGAGAUCGUAGCCAUCAAACAAGUUCCUGUGGAGUCUGAUCUGCAAGAGAUCAUCAAGGAGAUCUCCAUCAUGCAGCAGUGUAACAGUCCCCACGUGGUGCGCUACUACGGCAGCUACUUCAAAAACACAGACCUGUGGAUCGUCAUGGAAUAUUGUGGCGCUGGGUCCGUAUCGGAUAUCAUCCGAAUACGUAACAAGACGCUCAAAGAAGAGGAGAUAGUCACCAUCCUUCAGUCCACUCUGAAAGGUCUGGAGUAUCUUCACUUCAUGAGGAAGAUCCACAGAGACAUCAAAGCAGGCAACAUCCUGCUGAACUCGGAGGGUCAGGCCAAACUGGCCGACUUUGGAGUUGCUGGACAGCUCACAGACACGAUGGCGAAACGAAACACUGUCAUCGGCACGCCGUUCUGGAUGGCUCCAGAAGUCAUACAGGAGAUCGGAUAUAACUGUGUGGCAGAUAUCUGGUCUCUGGGAAUAACGGCUAUAGAAAUGGCUGAGGGCAAGCCACCCUACGCGGACAUACACCCAAUGAGGGCCAUCUUCAUGAUUCCCACAAACCCUCCACCAACCUUUCGGAACCCGGAUCUGUGGUCUCCGGGCUUCCGGGACUUUGUCAGCCAGUGUUUAGUGAAGAACCCAGAAAACAGAGCUACGGCCACACAGCUGUUACAGCAUCCGUUUAUUAAAUCGGCCAAGCCCAAUUCCAUCCUCAGAGCUUUGAUCACAGACGCCAUGGAGAUCAAACUGAAGAGACAGGAGGAAGAACAAAGAGAGCAGGAUGCAGACGACGAUGAGAAUUCGGAUGAAGAUGAGGUUGACCAGGGGACGAUGGUUCGGGCAGGUACGGGUGACUCGGGAACCAUCCGGGCUGCCGGUUCUUUAGGAAGUUCUCUUGGAAGCACCGCAGGAACAAUGAUUGAACACGAUGACAUGGGAACCUUGCAGUCACAGCUGGGCACCAUGGUCAUCAACUCUAAUGAUGACGAGGACGAUGAUGAUGACGAAGAUGCUGGCACUAUGAAAAGGCGAGAUGAGACCAUGCAGCCUGCCAAGCCUGCCAAGCCGUCCUUCCUGGAGUACUUUGAGCAGAAGGAGAAGGAGGCGAACAUUCAUAAUGACGGAGGAGGAAAAGGACAAAACAACGCCGAUAACCGCAAACUGCCCGGAGAAGGAGAUCUUGAAGUGGUAAGCACGUGGUCGGUGGAGGAUCUGCGGCUGAAGCUCGCCUCUCUGGACCCUCAGAUGGAGCAGGAGAUCGAGGAGAUCCGCCAGCGCUACCAGGCCAAGAGGCAGCCCAUCCUCGACGCCAUCGAGGCCAAAAAACGAAGGCAGCCGAACUUCUGAGAAGUUCUGAAGGAUUUCUCUCACGUUUCCCGCAGCAGUUUGGAGGAACGUCACCGAGGCUGCUGGAGUUUCUGCGUGAUGUGACGUUUGGGGAGUGAGGAUUAUCGGUUUGACGUCUGCCUGCUGAGUUUUUGGACCUUUGUCUAAGAAAAACUGUAGAAAAGCUGUUCAGCUGAAUAUCAUUGACAUUUAUUUUUGUCUGCUUGAGAUCCAUGAUCCUUCUGUUUGUGGCAUUUCUUUUCAUUUCAGUAUCAUCAGCAGCAGUUUUGGACUCGAGUUUCUUUCUGCUUAUUUCAAGCUUGCACACAGUUGCUUUAAGGAGGUGAACAGGUGAACGUACCUGGAGACCGUCAGGUCCUGUCUGUAAUCAUGUGGUACAUCAUCAUUUGAACUGCUGACUGUUAAACUUCGGUACUCGUCUGUUACUUAACUUCUUGCCAUCAUUGUUGGUGAAGCUGCUGAGCUUUUCUAGGUUUCUGCAUCUGACAGCGAGGUGUUUUAUAGAACAGGAUGAAUCUUCAUUCUUGAAAAAUGCACAAAAAGGUAACAUGGACAGUGGAUAAAACUGGGUUCUGUCGGCACGUCUGCUUUUCCAAAGAUCUCUAAAAGACAACAAAUCAUUGAAUUUGAAUUCACAGCUAAAAGCAGAGGAGAUAACCAGUUUUUCUCCUCUUCCACUCGACUGGUCAUCUGAGAGAUGCUGCACAUAUUCUGUGUUUCCACACAGUUUGCUCUGAACUCCAAAGCUAAGGUUUCUUUCAAAGCUGCUUGAGGAAACUCUCUAAUCUGGUACAUGUCCCUGCGUUUCUGUUUUCUACAUUUCAUAACUUGGUGUUACAUUGAAGUCCUACUCAUUAUAUCGGACUUUGUGUUUGUGCCGGGGACCAAACUGUUACUAGAUCUUUUCUUUUGUCUUUGAUCUUCUGUGGGCUGAAGCACAUUUCUCUCACUCCUGCAGCUGCAGCAUGAAGCCAGCCUGCAGAAUUACUUCAGUAAAGAAGACAGAAAAAUGGGAUCAGUUAGUGCAGAGUGUGGUUCGUGAACCAGACGUAUUCUUUGCUUUGUAGAGCACAUCAUUUCACUUUUUUCCAGUUUUAUAUAUUUAUAAGAUUAUGCGAUCGUCAUCUCAGCUCUUGGGCCAGUUAAUGAGGAGUGUUUACAGUUCACAGGUGAUGAUUCUGCUCUCUGAUUGGUUUGUUCGGUUGGGUUUCGGUUGUCUGUCGGCUUGUGGGUCAGAAGAUGAAUCUGACAUGUUGAGAUGAUCAAAAAGAAAAGAAAAAAGAAAUCUGGCUACAUGAAAUUACAAAUCUGUAGAACUAUGUCAAUAUUUAGUAAAUGUUUCUAACACACUGUAAAUUAGGAGUUAAAAGACAUUUUCAAGUGUUUCCAGUUUGUGUCGACAUUCAUAACUCCAGUAUUACAGUACGUCAUCAGUAUCCUGUCAUUACAGCACAGGAGGAGUUAUUGUUGUCGACAUGCAGACUAAAUGAAGUGCCCUUUUUAUUUUUUUAUACGUUUCCUUUGUUUGAGUGGGUCUCUGAGUGUAGCGCGGGCACAGUGGCCGCCUGGCCGCUGGUUUGACUCGUCCUCAGAUGAACUUCGCUCACUGUUCUCGCUAAACUGAAGCGAAACUCGUUGUAGAGAAACUCCCUAAAAUCCAGCAGGGGGCAGUAGACAGAUUUUCCUGAGUGAAGUGGAGUGUGUGGAGCUCGGGGGCUAAAAUGAUUGUGCUCUACACACAAAAUCCUUCAUUUUACUUUUUUUGUGUUUGUUUUUUGAUAAAAUAAAAUUACACUCAGGCCAUUUAAUUUUUCUUCCAGUGAAGCAGAUUUUUUUUUUCUUUCGAGUUAAAAUAUUCGCAUUGUGCUAAAACGUGCUGAUUGGUCAGGGCGGCCCCCUCGACUAUGCCCGUUCCCAGAGCAGUGUGGUUGAACCACAGCACAAACAGAAGCCGGCUGUGAUUGAAGGCGACUGUAUCUAAAACUCUCUCCUGCUCGCUUCAUGAGUGAAAUCAAAGCUGCUGUACUCGUGGUGCACGCUCCUGUCACGUCUCUAAUACUUACAAAAAGGUAUUUUACUUCAGCUGAGCUUGUUUUAAAAAUAUUUGGAGAGAGAAAGUAGAAUUAUAUACACUCUCCUGCCCGUCUAUCAAAAAUGUUGACCCUGCAAAUUUUACAUUUUUGGCUGCAGCUCAAUGAAGUCUCCUUCAUUUUGGAUCGUCUCAGCACGACUCCCUACAAAGACGUUCUCUGACAGUGCCUUAUUCUCGAUUAGCCAAGUGACCAAUCACAGCAGAGACAGGUGACCAAUCACAGCAGGGCCAGAGGUUCUGUAUCAGUGAAGCCUGUGAGGAAAAUCCUGCAUUCUUUAACAUUAAACAUGUAGACGUAGUCUGCUGCAAAAUGAAACGAUGAAACUGUAAAUGAGCGUAUCGUGGGCACUUGCAGUGUGUUAGGAACCAUUUAUUAAUGUCUCCUUAUAAAUGUUUGACAGUGGACGAUAGACGAGAAGAUCUCAUCUUUCUUAUAUCCGUUUACUUGCCAACUGUUCCAUCUCUCCACAAAGUCAUUUUUGAAAGCACAGAUGAUGGUUUGUAAGUAAAACAUGAAGUUUGGGAUCCUAAAACUUCUGGAUUUUGAUGUUCUGAUUUUUGAUUGCACCAAAAUGUGAAAUAUGAGCACAUUUGCCUUUUUGUUUAACCACCAGUGCCCUUCUUAUUGUUUGGAUUUUCAUUUCAGAUCCAGUUUUUUUUCUUUAUCUCUCCUAAAAUAAGCUAGAAAAAAACAGACCUGGUUUGACAGAUUUAUGGAGCAGAUUCAACAAAGCUUUUAUCCCCCCGGGUUUGAUCUGGCACAGCGGACUCGACGAGGCCGCUCCUGAAAAAGUGCCAAGAAGACUUAACUUCUGACAUUCCUUUAGGAGGUCCAGCACAAGAGAAAAUAAGGGACGGUUUAUAUUUUUAUACGUAGGUUUAGCGGUGACGGAGUCAGUCGGCGAGGUGACGGUUUGUGUGUGUGUGUCCGGAUGAAAAUGAGCUUCUCAGGUCAUAAAAACUCCUCAGGGCUGUGAAAUAAUGGCAGAACCAAUUAGAAAACGCUGUAGAUGGUUCAGAGUUCCUUCAUACACGGUCACGUCUGUAUAUAUGAGCAACACUCGGCUGCAUGUGUAUAUUUUGAUUCAUUCAGCUGAAAAGUUCAGUGUCAAAAACAGGACUUUAGAAAAAAUGUGAGAACGGCUGCUUUCAGAGGGAAACCCUUCAGCUGGAUUUCAUCACACAAUGCUGUAUUUAACGGGUGGUUCAAAUCCACAAUGUGCACAUUUUCCUGUGGCCUGCGGUGCUCUUUAUCCACCAGCCAUGUUUUAGUCACAUGGCCAGUUUCCUUUCGGUCCACGGCAUCAUAGCAGAAAUAAACAUGUUAACAGCCUGCUGCAGAAAUGUUUCUGCCCUCUGUGGCUGUUUUCAUCCUUCAUAAGAACUGUACAGUGGGUUCACUUUUCCUUUAUGUCUGUUUAGAUUUGAUUGUGGCUUGAAAUUCGAAUUGUCCACCUUGGGAAGCUGUGGCUGACCGUUGUCUGUCUACAGCUCAGCUAAUUUGGAUCAUUUCUCUGUGUUCACACUGUUUUUGAGCCUUUUUGUGAUGCAGAUCAUCCAUCAGGUCUGUGCUGUGGUUACAGUCAUUGACAUGCUCGUGUUUUAUCAGCCUGUUACUUUGCAGUAAUAAGCAGCUGUAGGCAUGUCUGAGACCAAACUGAUAAAGGUGGAUGGAUAUCAGUGCAGGCCGGAGGAAGAACCUGUGAGUUUGUUUGAACUGCCCCUUUAAGCUGGUUGGUGUCUCCUGUGUUUCUCUGUAAGAUGAUGACUCAUGAGCACAAUUCAUUUCCUGCUGUGUUACAGGCAAAGCUUUUUCUGCCUUGUCCUACCAACUGUGGAUCCACUGUGGGGCUGUCAGAAUAUAAAAACUGGUUUUGAUCCCUCGACGUUCAGAAAAAGGGGACACAUAUUUAAAAUAAUGGCGCCUGAUUGUUGUUGAAUUAUUUGCAUGAGCUGCUUGUUGCUGCCUGAAAUUAAGUCGAAGUCACUGGAGACCAGACAACCUCUUUUUCUUUUUUUCUUUAAUGUAACAGAGACACUUUUAAAUGCUUCUUUGAUUUUCCAACCUUUGACUCAUUCUUCAUAAACUGCUGAAUAUGGAAACCACAACAAACAUCAGAAAGCAUUUGCAGGUUUAUUUUUGGUACAGCCAAACUUCUUCAACCUUGAGACUGUUGAGUUUUUACUUUGAUUUAAUAUAAUUUACAUGCUUGAGUUUAAAAAAAACAAAACUGAGCAGCACGUCAGUUUACUCAACGAGUGAUUCAUGGAUAAAUCCAUACACUCAAAAUGAGGCUCUCUUUAAUCUCUACAUUUGUUUUGUGAACAUUUCUUUCUUUAACGUUUUGUUUCGUGCUGGUUUUAUAUAACUAGCUGUUUAAUUUCACUCAAUAUUCAAGCACAAACAUUUUUUGGGUCAAAUAAAGACCAGAAUUGGAUUCCUGGAAAAAAGUGAACAAACGAA